UUUGAAAUCAAAAAUAGGGUUUACAUAUCCGUUGAUUGUGCGGCAGGGUUUCCAAUUCCGAAAGGAUUCUUGGCUUACAAAACGGUGACGAAUAUUCGGCCAUCUUGUACCUCUUCGGUGCCUUAUGCGUAUUCUUGUUGCCAGAUUGUUACAAUUUUAUUCGUUAAGGCUGAGAAAAAUCUGUGCGUCAACUUUAUCUACCAGGGAAACGGAGUAAAAAUUGACGUGACGUUGAAUUCGGAUGUAAUCAAAUCUAGAAAAGUUACAGAUUACAGGCCAUUGAAGUUUUGCAUCGAUGUACCCGGCUGUCUCUUCUCGACCGCCUGUAUAAAUGUUUUGGAACUGAAUCAAUUCUCUAGAUCGAUCACGGUUUGCCUUCGACUGGAUAUCUACGCGAAGAAACGAAUAUGGCAACUAAACUACGAUUGCGUUAGCAUAUCAACGGUUCCUGUAACGACGAGCACUGCCACUACGAAAACGAUGGCCAAUGCUACUACAAAAACGACGAGCAAUGUUACGACCGUAACGACGGGCAAUACCACUGCUACUAAAGCGACGGCUGCAACAACCUCCACGAUGAAACCUGGAAUGCCAGCAAUGCCCAGCAGUCGGACGACGACAACGACGAGCAUGACGAGCACGACGACCACCGCUAUGAAACCGUCAACGAUGAUUACGACGACGCCACCCAAAGUAGAAACCGAAGAAACGACAUCGGAUGUGGAAAUAAUAACGAUACCGGGAACUGUAUCGACGUCAAUUAUAGACAUCGAUUAAUUAAUCAUUAAUUAUUAUAUAUAAUUUAUUAAGCAAUCGCAAUCUCAAAAGAAAAUAUUAGAUUUUAUCGCAGAAACCGAGUCGAGUUUAUUCGCGAAUAAAAAUCUAUUAGAAAAUCUGU